CAUUUUCAGUACGUUUUCAGCUCUUUUCCGCAGGGUUUUGCAUUCAUGGAGAAGAAGACACUUCGUUAUCGCUAGCACUUUACAAUAUGGCAGAUUACAGCAAACUGGGAUCACCACCGGCUUACAUGGACGAGGCAUCGGCUCCACCGCAUACUGAAAUGAAUCAGUAUGCACCACAAUAUGAUCCACAGGCAAUCUAUCCGCCGCUGCAGCCACCUGCCCAGGUUCCACCGCCUCAGGUUGCACCUCCUCAGGUGGUCCACCACACCACUACUGUUGUAGUUAAUAGCAACCAGCGGGGCAUGGUCUGCCCCCAGUGCAACGCCCGUAUACGAGUGCGCACCGAAUUCCAUCCCACGGGCAAAACCUAUUGCCUGGCAGCUCUGCUCUGCCUUUUCCUGUGCUGGCCCUGCGUCUGUGUGCCCUGCUGCUGCAACUGCUGCUACAAGACCAGCCAAUUCUGCCCCAACUGCAACGCCUGCCUGGGCUCGUUCUAAGGCACCCAGUGAACAUUUGCACACAAUCGACAUGUGUGUGUACCAACAUAUGUACAUGAAUACUAACAUAAUCAUAAACAUACAUAUAUACGUACAUAUGUAUAUACAUAAAGACAUUUGAUCAUACAAUAACCCACGCAAAACAUACUCGACGAAGAUGGAAAUAAAGAAAUUCAUAUUUCUGCUUACAGUAAGCGAAAAAAAAAAAAGGCUUUGCAAGCGAAGCGGAUUCCGGGAAAUCCCAUAAAACUAA